ACUCCCGGGGAAGAUUCCAGAAGGGCAAAGGGCUGGCCCUGAAGUCACUUCCGUAACGCAGGGACAGGCGGCCCCCAGGAAGGUUCAAGAAGGGCUGAUGGCGACUCCCUCGGGAAGGGUCCACAAGGCGGCUGUACCUGUAGGAAUGAUGCUCCCCUUGGCCUUCCUCCUCAUCGCAGGAAUCCCACUGGUAGAAACUAAUGUCACCAAGGCUCCUCAAAGAUGGACCUUUAAUGUACAAUGCUAUUACUGUGAAGUCAAAAACACCUUCAAUUGCAAUAACAAGAAGACAUGUGAAUAUGAGGUUAGACGCUGUAUGACAGUCUCCAUUCGAGAUGUGCUGCCCAAACAAAUACAAUCUUCAAAUGCCAUAUGGAUCGAAGCACCCAAACCUUACACACCCUCUUCCAGAUAUCAGAAGAUAUCUGAAGGGAGGAAUUGCACUCAGCACACAUACGAUAUAGCAGCUUAAGCCUGACACCCAUCCCAGAAGAGACAUUGGAACAGAAAGAAAUUGUACAGGGACCAUUUUCUCUAUGACGGCCAAUGCAAACAACCUAACACAACACUAAACAUAAAAUGUUGUGCACGUGUGUGUGCAUGCAUGUGUGUGCACACUUGUAUGUGUCUUUGUGUGUAUACAUACAUCCAGUGCCAUGCACUGGAUUGGGGAAUGGGAAAAGAACAGCAAAGACAAGUGGGUGAAGCUGAAUAACACAGAGUUCGGGCAGUAGGAAUUUAUCACUUUUUGUUCACUGGGGCAAAAAUGUUCCACAGUAAUGUAAAUAUGAGACAAGAGAGAAUGAGGUUAAGGUUUUAAAAUCUCUCUUUGCCAUUUAAAAAAAAAUUCUAAAGCUCUUUUAAGUUAAAAUUACUUACACACACACACACACACACAGAAACACACACAUGCA